AUGACCCUCACUAUCCUUGUUUCUUUCUCUUUGCUUGCGCUGGUCGUCACCUCAAGGCCCAUCGUGCCACAGGCCCGAUCGGAGGAGUCGAUCCAGUCGUCGACUGACGUUCAACAUACGGUGCAGGCGAUCUUUCAGUAUCGGACUGGUCGCCCCCCAGCUUGUCUGGACUGCGCCGAAGAGGAAGAUAUCCGAAUUCAUCUCACUUCGUCUGAAGAACAAGAUGGUUAUCUCGCUCAAUUGGAUGGUCUUGAUGCCGUCAGGGCCAUCCUUCCUCUCGGCCUCGAUGGCGCCCUGACGGAUGACGAGGCGAAACUGUACUCUUUGUUACGCGAAAGUAAGACCGGGGGCCACUUGGAUGACUUGGAGGGCGGAGAACGUCCCAUGCAGGAUGAUGAACUUAUUUCACAGACGGGAAACGACCCGCCAUCGCCAUCCCCCGAACCAAGCACGAGUAUCGACCCGGCCACGAAUGAACGCGCUCCUACCACCUUUCCUUCUCCCCCUCUACUCGUUCUUGCGCUCUCGUGCGGGGCAGCGCUUAUUUCACUUCUUUGCAUUAUUGCAGUGUUGUAUGCGGCCCAAAUCUCCAGCAAAGGCGUUUUCACCUCCGACCUCGCGUGGGAGAUGAUGCCGAAGCUGGAAAAGCAGGCUCUUGGUGGCGCGGACGCUGAUGAUGAGGAUGGCUCGGGUCCAUCGAAGGAACGGGAUGUCCUGCUGGUGAAAGAUGUAGCACCCAGUAUUGAAUUGGAAGCUUUUGAGAUGAGUGCGGAGAAGGUGGAAGGAAAAGAAGGUCUGGUUCAGGCCGCACCUUCGCCUGAACUCACACCGGAAGACGAUGAACGCGAUGAAGAUACGAACGAGGAUUAUCAGGACGCACCGGACAGUGGUCUCCUCUUCGCAGAUACCGGCGGCUCGUCUACGAUAAAGCGGAGCGAGUCACCUCGCAUAGUAAUCGAGGAGCACCCCGACCCCGAGCUGCUACCACUCUUCCCGACCCUUAUGACCCCAACCCCCUUCGCGACCCCCGACCAUACCCCGCACUCGACUCCCCUCCUCUCGCCCUUGCGCCGGCCUUUGCAGAUGCGCGAAACGCCAACUGCGUCCCCCAUCUCCAAGCCCGCAUGGUCCCUCCGCGCUGCCGACUCUCCGUCGUUUGCGCUCUCGCGCUCCUCGACCCCCCUCCCCUUCUCACGUAGUUCCUCGCCGAAGCUCCCUGGUGCGCUCAUCUUUGACUCGUCCGAUGACGAAGGUGAAUACGGUGCCAGUUCGGAGACAGACAUAGGCACGGUGGGGCAUGCCGACCGCCGGCACGCGUACCGGGCGCCGAUCCCGGAACUGGACAUCGCGUUCGCGCUGCAGCUGCGUCCUGGUCUCGGAUUAGGUGCAGACCCUGCGUGGCUCGUUAGGUUCUUGAUGGCGAUGUUUGGCUGGAUGACGGUGUUGUUGGGAGGUGGAGGCGUGCGGAGAGAACAGAGGGUCGCACAUUGA